CUGAGCUUAAUUUUAACUAAAAUAUAGCUACUGAAGAACUCAUUGCUUCUCUUAACAAUGGAGUUCGUUCUCGAUGAAGGAAAAGACCUCAACAAAGACUGCUCAAAUCUCAUUUUGCCUGCGUUAUCGAUCGGAAAUGUGGGCCAGCUAGCUGUUGAUCUGCUCGUAUCGUCCACCGGAGCGGAAACAAUCGGAUACUUGGACGACCCCUUAGUGCUUCCUUGUGUUGGCAACGACGCUUAUCGGCCGAGUCCACGUGGCGACCUUGCUCUGCCUCUUCAAGCUUAUGAGUCAUCUUCUAGCGGACUGAAUCUUGUCCAGCAAAGAUCUCCAGUUAUUAAGGGGAUGAUGGUUGAAUAUGCUAAGAACUUGGCAGACUUUGCUGCUGCUAGUGGAAAGAAACAUGUCGUUGUACUUUCUGGCUUAGACUUUGGGAGGUUGCAGAGAAUUGAUAUGUCAAGUGGUUUGCAGAUAUAUUACUUAUCUAGCAAAAAUGCUGAUGGGACAGAUGACGACUGUGAACAACUUGGAUGGAAAAGACUGCAGGAAUACAACCCACACCAGAGGUGUUGGGAAUAUGUUAGCAAUUUAGCUGAAGGAAACUCUGUCGAGGACGUUAGUUUGCCACUUGAAGAUGAACUAGAAGAAGAAGACUACUAUCCAAGUUUGCCAUUUGCUGCGCUAUUUUCAUGUUUCAAGGCCCGAGGUUUGAAGGUUACAUGCUUGUUAUGUUACUGUUCAGAAGGGGACAAUAUGUCUGAAGCUUUCCAUCUGGCUGAGGCAGCAAGCAAACUCUUGAAGUUGAAUCCUGACAAUUUUCAUGGUGAUAAUGGUGAGAAAUGGAUCAUCCCAUUUUCAUGGAUGACCGUCUAUGGACCGCCUCCGGAUAUGUCUAUCUUUUAGGCGUGAUAGAGUUGACAAUCUGAGUGACUAGUUAUGUUUAAUAACAUCAACAUAGUGAUGGUUGUGGUGAGUAUUCUCUCCUGGUUUGUACUCUGAAUAUCUUUACAGUCGUUUGGUCGAGAGAAAGGAAUAGUUAGUCAGUUGAAUCAGAGAAGAAAAAGAUCUAGUUGAUAAAUUUUAGUUGUUUGUAUAUUCGGACAACAAUUUUCUUUCGGGUUGAAAAGUAC